AAUGCUAUGCCCUAAUCCUACCCAACGACUUUCCAUUAAUGAACUAAGAGAGAACAAUCUAAUUAGAAGAAUCACGAGAAGAUAUGAAUUGCUUCAUGCCAUGUCAAGUAUGACAGAAAUUCCAAAAAGCUCUUAAAUUAAUAACUUUACCAAAGAUAUUGAAACCAAAACUUUCUCUAUUGAAGUACCUUAAAUACCUUCUCAAAAGAGUUUAUGA